CAAAAGGAGAAAAAGGAAAAAAAAAGUAAGAAAACAGAGAGAGAAGAAAAACAGAGUGACUUAGUGGGAGAGAUGAAAGUGAGUCAAUUCUGUUUUGAAUUUCAUCCAUAUUGAUUCCUUCACCAAAUCCCACACGGAGUUUAAAAAAAAAAAAAAAACCAUUCUUUAAAAGCAGUGGUCUCUUACAAUAACAAUCCCCAUGUCUAGUUUUCCCACAAUCUCAUCAUUUUCCCCGUUGCUUAAUCUCUGUCCUCUGAUCUCUCUUACACACACACCCUUUGCUUCAAUUCCAAUCCUUGAACGGUGAUCAUUCACUUACCUAUCUUCAGUGAAAGCAUUCCUAUCUGUUACUACCCACCCUCUGCUUUUCCCUGUUCAUCCAUCACCCAAUUCAGUUCCAUUCAAUUCAAUUCAAACCCGCAGAGCGCAGAGGCGUUGAACUGAACAAUCAUCUCCCUCCCCACCUGGGUUUCUGCAAAAGUCACAGUCUUGGAAGGAAUUUAGUGAUGGGGGUUCAGAAAGACAGGGUGAAAUUCAACGUGGGUGGCAGGGUGAUGGAAACAACCGCAACAACGCUGGCCAAUGCAGGGCGCAAUUCGAUGUUCGGUGCAAUGUUCGACGACAAUUGGAACCUGAUACUAUCAUCAAACAGGGAGGGCGAGAGAUUCCUCGAUCGCAACCCGGAUUGCUUCGAGAUUCUCCUCGAUCUGCUCCGAACCGGGGAACUCUACAUCCCACCCAACAUCCCGGAGAAGCUCCUCUACAGGGAGGCCCUCUACUACGGCCUCUUGGACCACGUACGCGCCGCCAAGUGGGGCCCAUUCGACGGCAACAGGCUAAGGUUGUCCCGUUCUGUGCAGGGCCAGGCCCCGGGUGACGGAACGGCCAUUCGAGCAGGCCCUGAUGGUGGCUGUUGCGUUGCGCAUGGCAGCAUGGUUCAUGUGUAUGAUUGGAUGUUGGAUGAACACCCUCCUCUUAACCUGGAUUACCAGAGGGUUAACGAUGUUGGGUGGGUUGACUCCGACAACAUUGUCAUCGGAGUGAGCGAGCGGCUUGGGAGGGGUGAUGGGGGGAUGGGGCUGUUCAAUUCUCACAACGGGGAGCUUAGGUAUAAGUUUCAGGUUUGUCAUGAGAAUCAGGUGAAGAGUUACACUGCAGGGGCCUUGAGUUUUAGUUCAGAUUACAAGAUAUUUUCUAGUUGUAAGGGGAGGAGUAAUGAGUAUGGGGUAGGGGUUUGGGACCAGGUUACUGGGAAGCAGAUUGAUUUUUUCUACGAGCCUUUGGGGUGGUCUCUGGGGGAUGCUGAUAAGCUUCAGUGGUUGGAAGGGAAUAAUUGUUUGUUGGUGGCUACGAUGUUUCCUAGGAAGGACAACUGUUACAUUAGUGUUUUGGAUUUCAGGGAGAAGAAGAUGGUGUGGUGUUGGUCUGAUGUGGGGGCUCCUUUUGCCGUGGAUGAGAAACGGGUGAGGGAUGCUAUUGCCAUGGAGGAUAAUAGUUCCAUCUGUGUGGUGAAUGAGUUUGAGGAUUUGGGGUUCAUGGAUCUCAGAAGUUCUGCUGCCACCAGCAUUAGGUGGAGCUCCAGAAGUAGGUUGAUGAAGGGGAAGAUGCCGGAGGAACCGUGCUACCCCAAACUGGCACUGCAUGGGGGACAGCUUUUUUCCUCCAUGAAUGAUUGCAUUUCGGUGUUCUGUGGCCCUGAAUGGGUUUUGACCUCUAGGCUCAGACGAAGCUAUGGGGGUUCAAUAUGUGACUUUUCCAUUGGAGGGGACAGGCUUUUUGCGCUCCAUAGUGAGGAGAAUGUGUUUGAUAUUUGGGAGACUCCAACACCACCACUUGUAUGAUUUAGUUCUAGUUUAUUUUUAGUUUACGGUUACUUUUACUUGGUUUGCUAUAUAAACCAGCUGCUUCUGGUUUUCUAGAUAGUGUUGAGUAGUUUAUAACUUGUCAUACAUGUAGGUUUACCUAUACUAAAGGUGUCAUGGUAUAUGUGAAUAUCUGCAGAGAAAGAUGAUAUAUGGACUGCUUCUUUUUUGUGACUCC